AUGGAACAAAAAUGUUGUUGUGCCAGUUUUGGAAAGAACUUCAGUAAGGCAAAGCCUUUUUUGUUAACGGUGGGACUUCAAUUUGGGUUCGCCGGAGCAUACAUCUUUUCCAUCGCCAGUCUCAACCAUGGAAUGAAUCGUUAUGUUUUCGUUGUCUAUCGUAAUGUCAUCGCUGCCUUGGCCCUCGCUCCUUUUGCAUUGAUUUUUGAGAGGAAAAUUAGGCCAAAGAUAACACUCCCUGUCUUCUUGCAGAUAAUGGCACUCGGAUUUGUGGAGCCAGUGAUUGACCAAGGGUUCACUUUCUUGGGAAUGCAAUAUACAUCAGCUUCAUUUGCUUCUGUUAUAAUGAAUGCCGUGCCUUCUGUCACUUUUGUGCUAGCCGUAGUUCUAAGGUUAGAGCGUGUAAAUGUUCAGGAAAUACGGAGCCUAGCAAAGGUGAUUGGGACAUUGGUAACAUUUGCAGGUGCUUUGUUAAUGACACUUUACAAAGGUCCUGAAUUUAACCUAUUUCAUUCUGCAAACACAACCCACCACCAAGAUGGAAGUAACUCCCCUCAAGUUGUCAAACACUGGGUCUCUGGGACUCUCUUUCUUCUCCUGGGUUGUGUGGCUUGGUCAUCUUUCUUCAUUUUACAGUCCAUAACAUUGAAAAGGUAUCCGGCAGAAUUGUCUCUCUCUUCAUUGGUCUGCGUAUCGGGUGCUGCGCAAGCUAGCGUGGUGGCAAUUGUGGCCACUCGUCAUUCUGGGCUUGCGGCAUGGGCCUUAGGUUGGGACUUCAGACUCUACGGUCCACUCUACACGAGCAACUUCACUUGGGCAGAGCAGGGACCAAGGGAAGAAGAGAUAAAAAAGCAGAAAAUGAUACGUAAGGCAAAAUACUUGGCUACAAUUAAGUCAAGUUUGGCGAAAGCCUUAGCUGAUUUGAGAGAGUUUAUGUUUGACACGACAUUAAGCAGUAAACUUGGUGUUUUUAGCUCCAUUCCUUAG